CCAGCGGCGCCCUCCCUCCCUCCCUCCCUCGGUUCGCCCGUCCGUCCGGCUCUCCGCGCCCGCACUCCGCCGCCCGCCUCCCGCCCGCCGCCAUGACGGAGCAGGCCAUCUCGUUUGCCAAGGACUUCCUGGCCGGAGGCAUCGCCGCCGCCAUCUCCAAGACGGCCGUGGCCCCCAUCGAGCGGGUCAAGCUGCUGCUGCAGGUGCAGCACGCCAGCAAGCAGAUCGCCGCUGACAAGCAGUAUAAGGGCAUCGUGGACUGCAUUGUGCGCAUCCCCAAGGAGCAGGGCGUGCUGUCCUUCUGGAGGGGCAACCUGGCCAACGUGAUCCGCUACUUCCCCACGCAGGCCCUCAACUUUGCGUUCAAGGAUAAGUAUAAGCAGAUCUUCCUGGGGGGCGUGGACAAGCACACGCAGUUCUGGAGGUACUUUGCCGGCAACCUGGCCUCAGGCGGGGCCGCGGGCGCCACCUCCCUCUGCUUCGUGUACCCGCUGGAUUUCGCCAGAACCCGUCUGGCAGCCGACGUCGGCAAGUCGGGCACUGAGCGGGAGUUCAAGGGCCUUGGAGACUGCCUGGUGAAGAUCACCAAGUCCGACGGCAUCCGGGGCCUCUACCAGGGCUUCAACGUGUCCGUGCAGGGCAUCAUCAUCUACCGGGCGGCCUACUUCGGCGUCUACGACACGGCCAAGGGCAUGCUCCCAGACCCCAAGAACACGCACAUCGUGGUGAGCUGGAUGAUCGCCCAGACCGUGACGGCCGUGGCCGGCGUGGUCUCCUACCCCUUCGACACUGUGCGGCGGCGGAUGAUGAUGCAGUCCGGGCGCAAAGGAGCCGACAUCAUGUACAAGGGGACCGUCGACUGCUGGCGGAAGAUCUUCAAAGAUGAAGGGGGCAAAGCCUUCUUCAAGGGCGCAUGGUCCAACGUCCUGAGGGGCAUGGGGGGCGCCUUCGUGCUGGUUCUGUACGACGAGCUGAAGAAAGUCAUCUAGACAUUCCUCCUCCAGACACGGGGGCCAAGGGAAUCACGUAGAAUCCUUUUAACUGUUACGGACCAUUGAUCUUCGAGAAAUUCCAGUGUCCUUGUCCCGGCCAGAUCACGUAGAAAGGGCUGGGGAAGGUUCCAAAGGGGGCUCAUUGUGAUCGAUCAUCGGCACCAGGUUCCAUGUUUUGAUUCCGGGGGGAGGGCAAUCAUGACGUCUUCGUGGGUCCACGGGCUGGCAGCUCCGCCGCUCAGACCAUAGAGUCCAGGUGCUUGUGGGACCCGGGUUGUGUUUAAGUAUUUAUUUAAAAAAAAGAAUCAUGUCUCCAUUUGUACUUAAGCACUGUUCUCUUUUGCACAGCCGAAUAUUUGCAAUUAAUGUUCCAUGUCGGGCAUUCUGCUGCAAAACCAUAAAAACUGGGACACCGA